AUGGGAUCCGAAUAUUUCCCCGAUAGAACUACGCCCGAGACCUGGGUCGGUGCUGGUGGUCCUAGAAUGUGGGAGAUGAAACGAAAGGGUGGCAAACAUGCACCACCCUUGUAUGCAGAAAGCAAACCGAGAAUGAACACCCCGCAGAACGACGGUGAAUCCGAUACGGAUACGGAACCACUGCCGGACGAGGACGAGUACACCGAAAAUCGCUACUCUGAGUCUGAGUUUCACGACGAGCAGGAAGGGGACGAUGAAAGUGUGGUACAGGAACCGAAAGAACAAUCAGCACCGGUGGAACGGGAGUGCUCCCACAUUCAAGUGUCCGGUCAUCCACCAUCCGAUAUGGAGACCGCCAGUCAUCUCCUACACAUAGACUUUGUGACCGAUGAAUUGGAGCAGUUUGAGUUGGAUCGACCAGUGAACAGACGAGUUGGGAUAAAAAAGCUUCCCGGACAACAGCACAAUAUUUCCUUCAGCCGGGAACGGGUGCGUGAGAUUGAACGGACGAAUCAAAUCCUGCUCCGGAGGAUCCUUUCUACCAGGCCAACACUCCAGACCCAGGCCGGCUUGCUGAGGUCGACCAAAAGUACAGGCUCAGUCAAUUCCUCCAGGGUUACUAGUGCUGCAUUGAAUCGAAAGAAAGCUCAAAAGAAAAUUGCAGUUGAAAAUGAGAUGCUGCUGAAAAAGGUGAACUCCUUUGGAUAUCCCUAA